GGCCCAAGCACCCGCACGCCACAUUCCCUUAUCUGACCUGCCCGUUUUAUCCGGGCAGCUGUAGUCAGGUUCGCGUCUUCACUCUCACCAGUCAGCACCCAGCAGCAGCUUCAACUUCCCAAGGACCAAAAAAUCUUUUUUCUUUUUUUGUUAAUAAUCUGUAAUUAAAAAGGGGGUGGAGUAAUGUGGAGAGUGGCGCGAUCUGCUGUGUCGAGUCUCCGCCAGUCGCGGUGGCGGCUGCUGUCGACGGCGAUUCCUGGACCCUGUAUUGUGCACAAGCGGGGUGCUGAUAUCCUCCACGAUCCCUGGUUUAACAAGGAUACAGGUUUCCCUUUGACGGAAAGAGAUCGCCUGGGAUUACGUGGUCUGCUUCCACCACGAGUGAUAUCAUUUGAGCAGCAAUAUGUUCGUUUUAUGGAAUCAUAUAGGUCUCUGGAAAAAAAUACUCAAGGUCAACCAAAUAAUGUUGUAUCCCUUGCGAAAUGGAGGAUUUUGAAUAGGCUGCACGACAGAAAUGAGACAUUGUACUACCGAGUCCUGAUUGAUAACAUCAAGGACUUUGCUCCAGUAAUAUAUACUCCCACAGUAGGAUUGGUAUGUCAAAACUAUUCAGGGUUGUUUAGACGUCCGCGUGGAAUGUAUUUCAGUGCCAAAGAUAAGGGGGAGAUGAUGUCUAUGAUCUAUAAUUGGCCCUCUCAGCAGGUUGAUAUGAUUGUGCUGACUGAUGGCAGUCGUAUUCUUGGCCUUGGUGAUCUUGGAGUUCAGGGAAUAGGUAUUCCAAUUGGGAAACUUGACAUUUAUGUCGCAGCUGCUGGCAUCAACCCACAAAGGAUAUUGCCAGUUAUGCUCGAUGUCGGUACAAACAAUCAGAAGCUUCUUGAAGAUCGCCUUUAUUUAGGACUUAGACAACCUAGGCUGGAAGGAGAAGAAUAUUUGUCGAUUGUUGAUGAAUUCAUGGAAGCUGUUCAUGCACGUUGGCCAAAGGCGAUUGUGCAGUUUGAGGAUUUCCAGAUGAAGUGGGCUUUUGAGACACUAGAACGCUACCGUAAAAGGUUUUGCAUGUUCAAUGAUGACAUACAGGGAACAGCUGGUGUUGCAUUAGCUGGGUUACUUGGCACUGUCAGGGCACAGGGACUGCCGCUGACUGAUUUCGCAAACCAAAAGAUUGUUGUGGUGGGGGCUGGAAGUGCAGGACUCGGUGUUCUUAAGAUGGCAUUACAGGCUGUUUCAAGGAUGUCUGGAUCAGCAUCGGACUCUCACUUUUUCCUGCUUGAUAAAGAUGGUCUCAUAACAAAAGAGAGAAAAUGUCUUGAUCCUGCGGCUGCUCCUUUUGCUAAGUCCCAAGGUGAGAUUGAAGGACUCGGACUCAGUGAGGGAUCCAGUCUCACUGAAGUGGUUAAAAAAGUUAAGCCACAUGUGCUUCUUGGUUUAUCUGGAGUUGGUGGCAUCUUUAAUGAGGAGGUCCUAAAGGCCAUGCGAGAGUCGGACUCCAGUAAACCUGCUAUAUUUGCAAUGUCAAAUCCCACAACAAAUGCCGAAUGCACUGCUGCUGAGGCUUUCAAACAUGCUGGUGAAAAUAUUGUCUUUGCCAGUGGGAGCCCAUUUGAGAACGUCGAUCUUGGAAACGGGAAAAUUGGUCAUGUUAAUCAAGCAAAUAACAUGUACCUAUUUCCAGGAAUCGGCUUGGGAAGUCUUCUCUGUGGUGCUCGUAUCAUAACUGAUGAAAUGAUGCAGGCAGCUGCUCGUUGCCUUGCUUCGUAUAUGACCGAUGAGGAGAUUCAAAGAGGUGUCCUGUAUCCAUCUAUUGAUUGUAUACGGGAUAUAACCGCAGAGGUUGGAGCUGCCGUCUUGAGGGCAGCAGUAGCUGAGGAAGUGGCUGAAGGACACGGCGAUGUUGGGCCCAGAGAGUUGUCACACAUGUCAAAGGAUGAAACUGUCCGAUAUGUGAAAGACAACAUGUGGUAUCCUGUUUAUAGCCCUCUUGUUCACGAAAAGUGAAGCUGUUCCAGCCUUUAUUCUUUUUCUUGAGGCUGUUUUUCUUUAUGCAGAAUUUUCGGAACUUCUGCAGCCCAUUGUAUGUUUAGGACUAAUUAAUGAACUCGGAUAGACAGCAAUGCAAAUGAAUUAGAUAUAGCAAGCGUAUAAAGCAACUAGACUUGUUUCACUUUUGUUUCUGAAUCCACUCCUUCCGGGACUGUUGUAACAAGUACUUGUGUACCUUUAUAAGCUGAAAUCAUUCAAUAAAGCCCUCAUUAGUUAAUGAAUUUUAGAAUA